AUGGCAGGUUCGGAGCGGUUGAGAGCGUUGCUGCGGAUCAACAACUUCAGAGACGAGCUGCGCGCCCUCAGGCACCACUUUCUAGGCACCAGAGAGCUCAGAGUGGUGACAGCUACAUGGAACGUGGCAGGCAUAUCGGACCCGCCUGCCCACCUGGACCUCACGGACUGGCUCUCCCUGCAGCAACCCGCCGAUAUCAUUGCCAUUGGGUGGGUGGUCUUCACCAUUGGGUGUCUGCUCUUUCAUACCCUCGAGCUACCAUGCCAUGUCUGUGGUAUGUGUUUCCAUGCCCCUGCUGCCCAUCUGGACCUCACGGACUGGCUCUCCCUGCAGCAACCCGCCGACAUCAUCUCCAUUGGCUUCCAGGAGAUAGUCCCGCUGAGCACGGGCAGUGUGUUGGGGAUGGACUCAGAGGAGGCUAUUCCCGCCCUCUCAUUUGUGUGCUCGUCCCUUCCCGUUCCACCAUGUGCCCUUCUCAUUUGCAGCUUCCAGGAGAUAGUCCCGCUGAGCACGGGCAGUGUGUUGGGGAUGGACUCAGAGGAGGCUAUUCCCGCCCUCUCAUUUGUGUGCUCGUCCCUUCCCGUUCCACCAUGUGCCCUUCUCAUUUGCAGCUUCCAGGAGAUAGUCCCGCUGAGCACGGGCAGUGUGUUGGGGAUGGACUCAGAGGAAGCGGUGGGGCAAUGGGAUGCCCUCGUGCGCCGCCAGCUCAACACCGCCGCUGCCAAGGCUGCCAAGAAGGCUGCUGCCAAGGCUGCUGGCAGUGCUGCUUCCAGAGACUCGAGCAAGGCUGAUGAACCCAUAGAGGGGGUGGUUGAUGGGGCAGAGCAGGCAGUGACAGAGGGGGGUAGCAGGGCUGGUGAUGAUGAGACAAGCAGUGUGAGCAGUAGUAGCGGUGUGCAGGGGAGGGCCACACCUCCCCCGUCUCUAACAAGCAGCAGCGACCUCUCCUUCCACACCAGCAGCUUCCGCCUCCCCUCCUCUGCUUCUGACGCCCCCAAAGGGUCACUUGAUGAGAGUUCGGCUGCUGCUGCUGCUGCUGCAGCCUCCAUGAGUCCAGCUGAUUCUAGCGCUGCUGCUCCUGCCACACCUGAGUGGGAGGGGGAUGCUCUGCAGCAGGGGGACCAUGCAGAUAAGGCACCCCUGGAUAAGAUCCUGCCCGAAGAUUUGAUCAGUGUGCCGCUCACUCCUGCUGAGCCCAUCUUUGCAGAUGGAGGUGGAUAUGGUGGGGAGGGGGGUGGCGAUGGCGGGGAGGAGAGGGGGGAUGUGCAGGCGAGUGAGGGAGGGGUGGUAGGGGGGAAGUCUGGGGAAGGGGAAGGCGCAGGAGUGGAUGGGGCGACGGGAGGGGAAGAGGAGGGAAGGGGAGGGGAGAUGGAGGAGGAGUGGGAGGGAGGAGAGGUGGAGGAGGCUUAUGUGAAAGUGGCAGGGCGGCAGAUGGUGGGGGUCUAUCUGAUGGUGUGGGCACGAAAGGGACUGAGGAGGCACAUUCAUAGCGUCAAGGCCAGCACUGUGGGCUGUGGGCUCAUGGGAAUUCUUGGCAACAAGGGCUCUGUUGCAAUAAGCAUGUCGGUGCAUGAAACCUCAUUCACCUUCAUCUGCGCCCAUCUCAACGCGGGGGAGGAGCGGGCCGACGCUGCCCGCCGCACAUUUGACUUCCUCGAGAUUCUUCGCCGCACCGCCUUCCCCAGAGAGCUGCCGGACCCGUGGACUGCCAGGCUGGCAGAGACCAUCACGGAACACGAUCGGGUGUUCUUCUUUGGCGAUCUCAACUACCGCCUCGAGCUGCCGGAUUUGGAGGCGAGGGCGCUGCUGGCCAAGCGCGACUGGGAGGCGUUGCUGCAGCACGACCAGCUGCGGUGGGAGUUGUCAGAAGGCGGCGCACUGCCAGGGUGGAGAGAGGGUCCCAUCUUCUUUGCCCCGACCUACAAGUACGCAGCGGGCAGCAACCGGUACGUGGGGGAGGACGAGGAGGACGGGGAGAAGCGCCGCACGCCCGCCUGGUGCGACCGGGUCCUCUGGUACGACUCGGGUGACGCCACUGACAGCCUCCCCCCCACCAGCAUCAGCAGCCCCAGCCCCAGCACCACCACCACCACCACCGGGAUCGCCAGCAGCGGCAGCAUGAGCAGCAUGGGGGGGUAUGCGAGUGAUGCGCUGCAGCUGGUGUCGUACUCACGGGCGGAGUUGGCGCUGUCGGACCAUCGGCCGGUGGCGGCGGUGUUUGCAGUGCAGGUGGAGGCGGUGGAGAGGGAGCGGUUUGAUGCUGCCGUGGCUGUGGCGUGCCGGCAGCUGGACGAGCGGCAGCAGCUCGCCAUUCCGCAUUUCUCUCUCAGCGCUCAUGCCGUGGAAUUCGGAGAGGUGCCCUAUGCCUCUGUAAUCCGGCGAACCAUAGAGCUGCACAAUCUUGGCACGGUGCCCGCGCGCUUCUCCGUGGCGCCUGCCGGGAGCACCGACACCGCUGCCCCCGGCCCUGCAGGGGGGUGCGGGGCAUGGGUGGUGGCAGAACCAGCAGCAGGGGCAGUGGCGCCAGGCCACACGGUGACUCUCAGCCUGCACACCUGGGUGGCUGUGCCGGGCACGAGGGUGGAUCUGCUGGUGGAUCGCGGCGGGCUGCUGGAUUUGAUUCUGGUUGUCGCGAUUGCGGGCGGCGGGGACCUGUUUGUGGCGUGCUCUGGGAGCUACGUGCCCUCUUGCUGGGGCUUGCGCCUGGAGGCCCUAGCAGGUCUCAAGGACCCCAUCCGCUCGCUCUCUCUCGAUGCCAUUGCCACACGCCAGCGCUCCUCCCUCCGCUACAGCCGGGCUACAGCUGCCUCUGCUGCUGGCGGUCACCAGGCCAGCAUCCCAGAAGCUUCCGAAGCCGACCCUGAUAAUGACGACAGCAAUGACUCCGCUGCUGCAGGCGGGGAGGACGAUCGGCCGUUAGGAGCAGCGGCACGAGCAGCAGCGCCCCAUGCAUCAGACGCGUUUGAGGUGCCCAAGGAGGUGGCUCGAAUGCUCACCUUCCUUCUGGACUCAGGCCAGGACAUCUCCUCCGCCUUUGACCCUAUCGCUCUCGGCAUCGACCUCUCUCUUGACCAGGACGACAGCAGUCGUGCGCCCCCCUUCCCCUCCUCGCACUCCACCCCGCACGGGCACCCUCACUCGCUCUCGCAUGCUCGCAGCGCGACCGCAGGGGCAGUGGGAGCAGCCGCAGCAGACCUCGCAGCAGGAGGAGCCAUGGCAGCAGGAGGGGGAGGAGGUGGAGCAGGGGCAGGGGCAGGGGAAGGGGACGGGCCAGGGUCGACACAGUUCCUAGCGGCCAAGGCAGCAGCACUGGGCGCGGUAGCUCAGGAGCUUCAGAUAGCACCCAUCCGUCUCGCACUCGACACCGGCACACCCUUUCCCACCGAAACCUCCCCCCUCACCAUGGCUCGUGCGCUUGUCUCCUUCCUUCUAGCCCUCCCCGAGCCUAUUAUUCCGCCGAGUGUGGGGGACGAGGUGGCGUGUAGAGAAGGGUGGGCAAGGGGUGCUGCGGCUACGCUGCUGGCGAAGCGGUUGGGUGCGGUGCAGCUGGGUGUGGUGGACUCGCUGCUGGCUCUCAUUCAGGCGCUGCUGCGGAACCGCAUUGCGAAUCGACUCGCCAUUCAUGAGCUGGAGCCUCUGUCCGUGUCUGUUGUGUUUAACAUGACGUAUGUAUGUAUCUUUGUUGUGUUGCUUGCAGCUGCCAUACUGGCCUACUGCCUCUUCGGGCCCGUGCCGGCAUUCACCAACGACGAGAUGGGGAUUGCGACCGCCACGGAUGCUGUCAGGAUUGUGAAGCGCCGGAGACGAUUCAUGCGCCUGCUGAUCGAGGAUACCCGUCUCCGUUCCAAGUGA